AUUAGAGAUUCAAUAUAAUAAUAAAAUAAGAGCUGAAGAAUUACUUUAUAGAUAUCGAUAUAUUACUAAUAAAGAGAUUGAAUCUGAAGAUUUAGAAGAUAUUUUUGAUGGAAAUCUAUAUAAAGAUUUAUUAGAAAAAGAUUUAUUCAAUGAUCAACGAGAUGUUGCAUUUUCA